AUGGUGCAUCUGCAUUUCCAGACAAGGAUCUGUUCAGAAACCGGAGGAGCUGAAGGUGGUGGUGAAGUAGGUGGUUCAACGGAGACUCCGGCGGUUCAUGUUCUCCGCUUGUUCACGAGCUCCGUCAUCGUGACCCGCAGCAGCUUGCGGACACGAGAGGAAGUCGUGGAGCACGUCCGGCGACACUUCUCCGAUCACGAGUGCGGGUUGCUUCUCGGUUGGGCCGACCAUGUUGCAAUUGAGAUGUGCGACUUGAUCCUGCAGCCGGGAGAUGGCCGGGCGGCGUUGAGUCCCGGCGAGGUUCAGACGGUAUCGUUGACUACCACCGUCACUUAUCACUCAAUGGACUCCCGGGAAGAUGUUGACGGCGAUUUGGAGGAUCCGACAGAAGAUAUGACGGAAGCUCAGGAGGAGAUGGAUCUUGCCGACGAUUUGGAGGAGUUGGCCGACGACGAUGCUCUGUUUGCUUACGAGGCGGUGCCGGCCCCAGCGUCGAAGGCGUCCGUAGAUGCCUUGGAGAGGAAGAAGGCGGAGGAAAAUGGCCAGAAUACGUGCGUGGUUUGCCAGGCUGAAGUUGGUAGAGGAGACUGCCUGGCUAGAAUGCCUUGCUCCCAUGAAUUUCAUGAAGGCUGCAUCCUGGCAUGGCUUCGACAAGCCCAUUCUUGCCCUGUCUGUCGCCAUGAGUUGCCGACUGAUGAUUAUUGA